UUCGUGGUUCACAUUUCUUCCGGGUCGAUAGAACUGGAGUUUCUGGAAUCUCUUAGAAAUUCUCUUUGUUCGUGGUCUAAUUUUAAUGGCUGCGUAGACCGUCGGUCGCUCAUCCUCCACUGACUUUUCGAACGCACCUCGGAGCACGAAAAUGGCAGGCAGGUGCCUUGUGACGGUUUUGCGAAGGGGAAGGCCGGCAGGCGUGAGGGCCUAUUCAUCUCACGAUGAACCCCCAUUAAAUUACAAAAUUGGUAAACGCGAGGUAGUGGGUUAUGGUUCAAAUGGUACCGAAUGUUACUUGGAUCUGCAAUCGGUCCCCAUGCCCGCCAUACGGUUCAAGGAAAUCACCCCUGAUCUUCAGGUCAUCAGAGAUAAAGAGAAGGGUGACUGGAAGAAACUUACGAUCCAGGAGAAAAAGGAACUUUACCGUGCGAGCUUCUGUCAGACGUUCGUUGAGAUGGACGCACCAAGUGGAGAGUGGAAGGCAAUCUUAGGUGGUGUUUGCUUCGGUGUGGGACUUGCUGUGCUUCUUUUCACGGGUGUCAAGAAGUUUGUUUAUCCACCACUACCAGUCACCUUUGAUAUGGAACAUCAAACCGCCCAGUUCGAGCGUAUGAGGCAGUUAGACAUGAAUCCAAUUCAGGGUAUGAACAGACGUACGUAAAUUCACGUCUACUUGUAUCAUAAAACAUAUGAAAAUGAUUUUAGCUUAAGUCAUUGGUAGACGAAAGUUGUAAUUAAAACAUUUGCAAUGCUAAGUAUUCUGUAAUAAUGUAUAAGGCAUUCAGGAAAAUCAAAUAAAAUGCCAUUUCUCUACUAUAAAGAAAAAA